UGUGACGACUCGUCAGAUGUGAACAGAGCGUCUUGUCUCGGCGGAGACGUUGAGCAGAGCCAAUGCGGUGUGCAGCAGUCGAGACCAUUCCAGCGAGCGUCCACAUCGCGAAUCAGCUGCACAGAGCUGCCCACAUGGACAUGGAAGAAGUAUGUGCCGCCGAGUCGAGUCACUGAUCACGACAGAACACUUCUUGAUCAGAACACUCAAAAAUAUCGAAAUGUCACCACGAAAUCUGAUCGAUACCAGCGAAUGCCUAGCGGAUAUCCGAGCCAAUAUGGACAGUCGGGACGAGAGCUGGGCAGUGAAUCGUGGAAUCGAGCGAGUGGUGCGAUGGGUGAGGCGGGUGGAACGAUGAAAUGUGAGUGGCCGGAUAGAUCAUUCGAUCAG